AUGGUCCUAAGAUAUUUCGGUUCGAGGCUAGUCUCUUUACGAGACGUGGAAGAUAAACGCAUUCAGGCGCUAUUGGAAUACGAACCUCGGGGGCCAAGUCAAAAUCCCAACGUUCGUAUCAUUUUAUGUCAAGACACUGGAGGCAAACCAAAAUUAACAUUAUACGAUUCGGCGAACUCUUUAGCUUCGCCCGCUUCCGAAUCAGAGAAUAAACCUCAGAAAACAGAAUCAAGUUGGAAUCCUUUUGCCAGCAGAAGUAGAGCAUCUGAAGGAAAGAGUAAUUCCAGUAGAAAUGGAGUGGAAAUGAAAUCAAAUACUAAACCGGCAAACUUGAAAGACCGAUCAAAGAGUUUGAACAAUAAUAACAUUAAUUCACAAAGAAAG